AUGGUACCAGUAGUACCACUGGUGAGUUCGGGGCUUCGCCUGCUUGUGAAGAGAGGCUCUGGCAGACUGAGCGGACAAGACCAAUUGUGGGUCCAUUGGUCAAAACUGUGGUUUCUGCCUCUACUUCAGAGGGAAGUGAGGGGCAGAUGGGUCUCAUUAACCUGGGAAGAUAGCUCAUCUAGGAGAAGGAAAAAACUGGUCCUAAACCUCCAUUGCCCUUGUGGGAUAACUAAGAAGUACACCCUACACAAAUCUGGAGUGGAGUCCCUAAGAUUGCUCUGCUUUCCUUUGGACUACAUCAGUGAGGUAGAAGGGGGGGUCCUGGCAGCCCAGGACUUUCUUACUCACUGCCCAGGCUUGGAAGUCAAUCUGGUGCUGCUAAUGUAA